CGCGAGUCUUGAGAAUUGUGCCUGAGUUGAGCGUAGUCUCAACAACUCGGGAUGCAUGUCUCCAAUCCAAUUGCAAUGUAAAUGAAAAAAUCUCGUCGUUUUGAUGUGAUUGUGAAACCGUAGCCCCCAAUUAGUCUGCUGAUAUAUGGACUUGUACAUGAUGAACUGUGAACUUUUGGCAACAUGCAGUGCCUUGGGGUACCUGGAGGGAGACACCUACCACAGAGAACCUGAUUGUUUAGAGAGUGUGAAGGACCUGAUCAGGUACUUACGCCAUGAGGACGACACACGAGACAUCCGGCAGCAGCUAGGGGCGGGCCAGAUACUUCAGAACGAUCUCCUGCCCAUCAUCACACAGCACAGUCAGGACAAGCCCCUGUUUGAUGCCUGCAUCAGACUCAUGGUCAACAUUACCCAGCCUGCACUGCUUUGUUUUGGCAAAGUCCCUGAUGACCCUGCUUUCCGUCAUCACUUCCUGCAACUGAUGUCAUAUUUACAGGCCUAUAAGGAAGCAUUUGCCAGUGAAAAAGUGUUUGGAGUUCUGAGUGAGACACUGUACAACCUGCUGCAACUGGACUGGGAGCAGCGUCAGGAAGAGGAUAACCUGCUGAUAGAGAGAAUUCUUCUACUGGUCAGGAAUGUUCUUCAUGUUCCAGCUGACCCCUACGAGGAGAAGAAUGUAGAUGAUGAUGCCAGUGUGCAUGAUAAGUUGCUGUGGGCCAUCCAUAUGAGUGGCUUUGAUGACCUAAUCAAGUUCCUGGCCUCAGCCCAGAGUGAGCAGCAAUGGAGCAUGCAUGUCCUGGAGGUCAUCUCUCUCAUGUUCAGAGACCAGACACCAGAGCUGCUGGUGAGUGCUGGCCAUGCUCGCUCUGUUCAGGAGAAACAGAAUGAUGCCCAGGAGCUGGAGCUUCUAAGGCAGAAAGAGCAAGCAGAGAAACGCAGCCGUACCCUACAGAGAGGAACCAGGCAUUCUCGCUUUGGAGGCUCUUACGUUGUUCAGGGUCUCAAGUCCAUCGGAGACAAUGAUGUGAUCUACCACAGAGGCCUUCAUAAUUUUAAGAACUACACACAUGACUCAGGCAAGGCAGUACGGCGUAUUCCUAAGAGGAAACAGCAUGCACGGGACUCCGAAGCUAAACGCCGUUCAGCCCUCAAUGUCCGCCUCUUCCUGCGAGAGUUCUGCAUAGACUUUUUGGAGAACUGCUACAACCGCCUUAUGUACCUGGUCAAGGAGGGGUUGAUCCGGGAACAGGCCCAGCAGCAUGAUGAGACCUACUACCUCUGGGCUCUCAGCUUCUUCAUGGCCUUCAACCGUGGCAACGGUUUCCAUGCUGAUCUUGUCUCUGAGACUAUGUCUAUUCGUGCCUUCCACUUCAUCGAGCGCAACAUCACCAACUACUACGAGAUGAUGCUGACUGACCGCAAGGAAGCCACAACCUGGUCUCGCAGGAUGCACUUGGCUUUAAAGGCCUAUCAGGAGCUGCUGCUGACAGUGAAUGAGAUGGAUCGCUCUCCUGAUGAGAACAUUCGACAUAGUGCCAACGUCAUUAAGAGUAACAUCUUCUACCUGAUGGAAUACAGGGAGAUAUUCCUCACCCUUCUGAGAAAGUUUGACGAGACCAAGCAACCACGCUCCUUCCUCAAGGACCUGGUGGAGUCCACUCACCUGUUUCUGCGCAUGCUGGAGCGCUUCUGCAAAGGGCGCAACAACUUAGUUGUGCAGAAAAAGCGGGUGAAGCGAAGGAAGCGUCAUGUGCAGAAGCAUCCAUCUGCAGCAGAAACCACUCCUGAGGCCCUGCAGGAGACCUGGAGCCUUGUGGCUGAGGAGCUGAGGGCUACAGGGUUUCAGCUGUCAGAGGCUCUGACCGAGGGUGUUGUGCCAUUUGAUGCUGCGUCUGAGACUCCCAUGGAGGAGCAGAGAACAGAGGCCAUGGUGCGUGUGCAGGAUGCCCUCCUGAACAGGCUAGGACCUGAGGCUCUGGGGCUGCUGCGGGCUGCCAGGGAAGUCUGGCCAGAGGGGGAUGUAUUUGGUUCAACUGAUGUUGAACCAGAGGAGGAACUUGAGCUCCUGAAGCAGAUCCUUUUUGCCAACCUGCCCAGGCCACCGCCCCCAGAGCUGGGCACGGAGGAGGAUGGAGCAGCAGAGCUGGAGGAGGUGGAGGAGGAGCUAGAGGCUGUGCAGGUGUCUGAGACUGACUUUAACUUCCUGGACUUCAUCAAGAGAUUUGCCCACUCCAACAUAGUGCGUCCAUACGUGCUCCUACUUAAGUCGUAUACACAAAACACUCCCCACACCAACCACUGCAUCACACGCAUGCUGCACCGGCUGGCAGUCGACCUGAAGAUGGAGGCCCUGCUCUUCCAGCUCUCUGUCUUCUGCGUCUUCAACAAGAUUUUAAGCGACCCUGCCGCAGCUGCAUAUAAAGAGUUGGUGACUUUUGCCAAGUUUGUGCUGAAUCGUUUCUUUGUACUGGCGGCACGGAACGACAAGGCUUAUGUAGAACUACUGUUCUGGAAAAAUGUCGGAGCAGUCCGUGACAUGACUGAGGGCUACAGCAAAGACAGAGAUGAGUCAAAUAACAAAGCUACAUGGACUCCAGAGGAGGAGGAGGAGCUUCGAACUCUUUACGAGACUCAUCGGGACUAUGGAGUGCCAGAUAUAGUGGAGACCCUGCUGCCGUUGCUAAGCAACAGCAACCGUACACGCCGUCAAGUGGUGAUCCAGAUGGUGCAGAUGGGCUUGGUUGAGAGCGCCAAAGACCUGAAGAAACAUAAGAAAGGCACAAGGAUUGUUUUGUGGACUGAACAACAAGAGCAGGAGCUGCAGAUGCUGUUUGAGGAGUACAGAGACUCUGAUGAUGUGCUGGGAAACAUCCUGAAAAAGCUGACUGCCAAGCGUUCCCGUGCGCGUCUGGUGGAAAAGCUGCUCAGCUUAGGCCUGGUAUCGGAUAGGCGGGAACUUUACAAGAAGAGACGUCGAAACACAGUUUCAGGGAAGAGCUCUGGAAAAGCAAUGACGGAAGAGGAGUUCUUGGCCGAUCUUACUGGGGACCUGCCACAGGAGCCCAUGGACGAAGAGGAGGAGGAGGGGGAGGAGGAGGAGGAUGAGGAUGACUCUGAGGAGAGUCAAGAAGAGGGAAAGGAGAGGGGGAGGGAAAUGUCAAGAAAUGGAGGAAGGCAGAGCACAUUGGAGAAGAAUGACAAUGUGGACACUGUGGUGCGGGCCCUACGGCAGGAUGGUAUGUCAGGACCUUUGUUGUGGCUACAGAACUGCCUUAACAGAGCAGCAGAUGACCGUGAGGAAGAAGGCUUGUCUCAACCUGUGCCACUGGUCCCUCUAAUGGAGGAGACAGAGGAUGCCAUGGAGAAAAAGAGCUUCCAGAGGUUGCUUCGAAAACUGGGUGUCCGGGCUCCUGCAGAUGAACAGGAAUCUUUCUGGAGAAUCCCAGCUAAGUUGAGCUCUCCCCAGCUAAGGAGAGCAGCCCUAUGCCUUAGCAGGGAAGCCCCAGAAGAGGCAAGUCAGCCUGAAAACCCUAUAGAAGAGCACCAGGAGGAGACAGGCUCUCAUGAACAGAAAGCCCAGGCCCUCAGAGCUCUGUUACUGGCCCGCAGGAGGAAACACCCCUCUGCGGAGCACACAGAUUUCCCUUCCGUUGAACAUAUAGACUCAGAGAGUGCUUCUCAGAGAUCUCCUCAGGAAAAUACCUCCAUCAAAAGAAGUCGAGUGUUAGACAGCGAGGAGGAGAAAGAUGAGGAGUCUCUCUCCAUGAAUGAACCGGAGAGCAGCGAAGAAGCUGCUGCCGGCUCAAACAGGCCAACCAAGCGCAGACGACGAAGGGUUCUGAUCGAUGACGACGAGGAAGAUGAGAACUAGUGGUAGAACAUUCUGUUUUGAGGCCUAGCUACCACUCCUCUACAGGCUGUAUGGGGAGUGAAGGCUAAAGACGUUGGGGGUGACACUUCUCAGAGAGGUGUAUAAGCCCUCUUGGGGAAGACUGGAAGACCCAGAGGGCAAACGAAUCCCCUUGUAUCUUAUUUUCCAAUAGGAAGAUACUGCUCUGUUGAAAAUUAAGUCCAAAGCACAUGAUAGAUCUCUAGGUUUAUCUGUGCAUCACUAGUAUUUCACAUUAAGCAUCAGUCAAGAUCUGUGCUUUAUCUGAUUUAAAAACAACAUCAAUUUUUGAGUGUUUAUUUGUUGCUGGCUGUGUGCUUAUGGCUUUAUACAACAUGUUCAUACGCUUUCGUUCAUUACUGUUACAAGAAAUAGGUGAGUUGUUUUAUUGGUCAGUUAAUGUUUUUGAUGCCUAUGCCCCAAAUGCCAAAACAAGUUUGUCAAUGCAAGUCUAUUCUGGUGUAAUUUACAGUACUUUAGUGUAAUUUACAGUAAAAUAAAGAUGGUAUUUUUUUUUUGUAUUUUUAUCCUAAUUCUUGGUAUUGUUUUGACUAAAAUUUGGUAUGUAAAUGUACAGUCGUGUUGGGAUUCCCAAUUAUUAGAACCGUACCUCAGGAACUUAAUUGUUGGGACUAUAUACUCCAAACUGUUGUAGCCUCUUCAGAUUACCUUGAUACUGAACAAGGAGAGAAAUAUUUGUGCAUCAAAUGUAAAAUGUUGUGUAAAAUCUGCAUGUGAACAAGUAAAAGUUUUGAAAAUAA